UGUCAUAGGCAAGUUUACACACAAUAAACUAGAAGAAAAAAAAAAGUUAAUAAUUAAAAAAACUAAAAAACAAAAUGCAACGAUAAACUUAUAUAGAUGAUCAUAUAUGCCUUGAUGUAUGUAUACUUUUAAAUUUUCAUCAUAUAUUUUUCUGAAUUAGCAGUUACUAUUCAUAUUUUGUUGAUUUGUGAAAGCAGGAAGCCUUGAAGUGGGUAACUGAUCAGCCAGCAUGGCAACGAUCUGAAGGGAGGGACCAUAUUCUUCCGGUUCACCACCCAUGGUCUUUCAAGUCCGUACGGAGAUAUAUGAAAAAGGCAAUUUGGCUUCUCCCUGAUAUGGACUCCACUGGGAACUGGUAUAAGCCUGGCCAGGUUUGGCUUGAGAAGGACCUUAUCUUGCCAUAUGUUCCUAAUGUCGAUUUGUGUGAUGCCCAAUGUUUACGUGAAUCUCACUCUAAACGAAGUACAUUACUUUUCUUCCGGGGAAGGCUUAAAAGAAAUGCUGGGGGCAAAGUUAGAAGCAAGCUAGUAGAAAUUCUACAAGAUGCUGAGGGUGUUAUAAUAGAAGAGGGAACCGUUGGAGUGGCUGGGAAGGAAGCUGCUCAGAAUGGCAUGCGCAA